AUGUCACCAAAGGCCGGCGGUGAGGACGCAGUAGCGUUCUCGACCUCGCAGCUGCUUCCGAUAGAGAAUGAGUGGCUGCGCGAUGUAAGCACGAGGCUCCGUGCGCGUCAGACGCCCUGGGAAGGUUUUCAACGGGCGGAUCUAGUCAAAGCCAAUGAACUGCCAAUGCUUCGGGCCGCAGAGCGGGCAGGGCAGCAGGGUCAAAUGGAAGCAGUCGUGCAAAAGGGCCCUGAGUACGCGCGACUCUAUAUCCAGCUGCUUGGCAAGCUCAGUCGCCCCGACACGAUUCAGUCAGUCCUGCUGCUGGUGGAUGAUCUCAUGCAGGCAGCGCCUAAGCAUGUGGAAUGGUUCGUCGAAGCUGAGCCAUAUGCGGCGCUUGUUCAUGCGCUAGAAGUCAAUGAUGUAUUUGUCUCUCUCAAAGCAGCCCAGUUCCUCACCCUGUGUAUAUGCAAGCAGACGCAGCAGGCGUCUUCCUACGACGCUCCGCCGGCGGACGUUGUCGAGAAGCUCGUGAAGCACAUCAAACGGACACUUGCGAAUGCGACGGCGACAGAGUUAGCUGAUGAUGGCGCCAAUGGCAAUGUGGCACCCAUCUUGCUGUGCAUGGUCGGCGAACUGAUGCGUUCAGCGCAUGUGCGUGAGAUGAUCUGGCAUAGGGACACGGAGGCCAACAUGUCUCAACGCGCCUCGGACACGCUCAUUGCGCAGCUCGUGGGUGUGCUGCGCAUGUCGAUGGCGUCCAACACCGCAUCGUCGCGCGCUAGUGGCAACACAGGUGUGCCGCAGCUGCACUACCUCGCACUCUUUGCACUGUGGGAGCUGACGUUCCUCGAAGAAGCGGCGCAGGGCCUUGAACUGCAUUUUGGCGUCGCUUCUGUCCUGGUGCAUGUUGCCCAGAAGGCGCUGAAAAACAAGGUGGUGCGCCUCGUUGUCUCUAUUUGGCGAAAUAUGCUCGACGCAUCGGAAGAAGAGAAUGCCAUGCGGCUGCUGGGCGCAAAGGUCUUGCCACUAUGUGACACGCUGCAGGAGCGCCGGUAUCCAGAUGGCGAACUGCAGGAGGAUCUCGCGUAUGUGCAGCGCGUCCUUUCACAACGUCUCGAGCAGAUGAGCUCGUACGAGCAGUACAAGUCGGAACUGUAUAGCGGGCAUAUGAGCUUUGAUAAUCCGGCGCACUCGCUCGAAGACUUUUGGAAGGAAAAUGCAGAGAAGCUCACAGAGCAGAACAAUACGGAUCUGAAGCAGCUUGUGUCGUUGCUGACGUCCGAGUCGUCCGACUCGACCACACUUGCAGCUGCGUGUUCUGACAUGGGCAAGUUUGUGCAGCAUAUGGAAGGAGGUCGUCGCCGUGUUGAUGCGCUUGGAGCGAAGCUGGCCAUCAUGAACCUUGUUGAGCAUGCGGACGACAAUGUCAAGUAUUAUGCAUUACAGACGUUGGCCAUGCUCGUGUCGACAAGCUGGCGAUAG